AUGGCCUCUCCUGAUCCCGUCACGUCGUCGUUGGCCGGCUCGGAGGCGACACGGGCGCCGCCUGCGGCGCUGACCGAGGAGAGGAAGCGGAAGCGCAAGGAGUCGAACCGGCUGUCCGCGCAGCGGUCGCGCGCGCGCAAGCUGCUGCAGGUGGACGAGCUGGAGGCGGAGGCGGCAGCACUGCGCGCCCGGAACUGCGCCGUGGCAGCGGCGGCACAGGAGGCCGCGCGCCGGUGCGCGGUCGUCCAGGCCGAGAACGAGCUCCUGCAUGCGCGGGCGCUGGAGCUGGGCGCGCGCCUCGAGUCGCUCGCCGAGCUGAUCCAGUACAUCGACGCGGCCGCCGCCAUGGGUGCUUCCUCCAUCCCGCUCGCCGGCGUCAACGGCACCGCCUUGCCCCAGCAGCCGAUCCUGCAAACGGAGUUGUACUGCAACUACUCCUACUACUGCUAG